CUGAGGAGGACAUGAGAAGGAACCAUGGAUCUCGUAGCCUUGGUGGAAGCCAUUAUGGAAGAAGUGGCCUGUCCCAUCUGCAUGAGCUUUCUGAAAGAGCCUGUGAGCAUUGACUGUGGCCACACCUUCUGCCAUAGCUGUCUCUUUGGACUCUGGCAAGUCCCAGCAGAAUCUGAGAACUGGGGUUACACCUGUCCCCUUUGUCGAGCUCCUGUCCAGCUAAGAAACCUGCGUCCUAAUUGGCAGCUGGCCAGUGUUGCAGAAAAAGUUCGUUUGUUACAGCUUUGUCCAGGAAUGGAGCUGAAAGGCGAUGUGUGUGAGCUCCACAGGAAAGAGAUAAAAAUGUUCUGCAAAGAGGAUGGACUGAUGAUGUGUGAGGCCUGCAGCCAGUCCCCAGAGCAUGAAGCCCACAGUGUCCUGCCCAUGGAGGAUGUUGCCUGGGAGUACAAGUGGAAGCUCCACGAGGCUCUGGAACAUCUGAGGAAAGAACAAGAGGAGGCCUGGAACCUGGCAGUUAGUGAGAAGAAACGAACUGCCCAUUGGAAGAUACAGGUGGAAAUCCGAAAGCGAAGUAUCAUGUGGGAGUUUGAGAAGUAUCGUCAAUUACUAAAUAAUCAACAGCCACCAGGUCGGCAGCUAGAGGUGGAGGAAGCUGCAGCUCUGGCCAGUCUAGAACAGGAGAAAGAAGAGACUGUGCAUAAGCUGGAAUUGAGUUACAAGGAGCUCAGCCAGCAGAGCCAGGUCUUAUGGAAGAUGGUUGCAGAGUUGGAAGAGAGGUAUCAGAGACCUGUCCGUUGGAUGCUGCAGGGUAUUCAGGAAAUCUUAAACAGGAGCAAGUCUUGGAGCCUGCAGCAGCCAGAACCAGUCUCCCUGGAACUGAAGACAGAUUGCCGUGUCCUGGGGCUGAGAGAAAUCCUGAAGACAUAUGCAGCUGAUGUGCGCCUGGAUCCAGAUACUGCUUAUUCCCGACUGAUCGUGUCAGAGGACAGAAAAUGUGUGCACUAUGGAGAAAUUCAACAGAAACUCCCUGACAAUCCUGAAAGAUUUUACCGCUAUAAUAUUGUCCUUGGCAGCCAGUGCAUCUCCUCAGGCCGGCACUACUGGGAGGUAGAGGUGGGAGACAGGUCUGAAUGGGGUCUUGGAGUGUGUACAGAAAAUGUAGACCGGAAGGAGGUAGUCUAUUUAUCCCCCCAGUAUGGAUUCUGGGUGAUAAGGCUGAGGAAGGGAACUGAGUACCGGGCAGGCACUGAUAAAUACCUGCUUCUGUCCUUGCCAGUUCCUCCUCACCGCGUGGGGGUCUUCCUAGAUUAUGAGGCCCAUGAUAUCUCCUUCUAUAAUGUGACUGACAAUGGCUCCCACAUUUUCACUUUCCCCCCUCAUCCCUUCCCUGGACGCCUCCUGCCCUAUUUUAGUCCUUGCUACAGCAUUGGUGCAAACAACACUGCUCCUCUGACCAUCUGCUCCCUGGAUGGUGAGAACUAAGAAAGGUACCA